AACCCUAAAGACUGCAGCAAGGCCAAGAAGCUUGUAUGCAACCUCAACAAAGGCUGCGGCUAUGGAUGCCAAGUUCACCAUGUGGCCUACUGCAUGAUAGUAGCCUAUGCCACCCAGAGGACACUCAUCCUGGACUCCAAGGGUUGGAGGUAUGCCAGGGAGGGAUGGGAGAAGUUCUUCCUGCCUCUCAGUGAGAACUGCCUUGAUCGGACAGGAGAUUCAACAGGAAGAUGGGGAGAUGCUAGCCGUAUUGAAAAUGUUCAAGUGGUAGAUCUCCCCAUUGUGGAUGGCCUUCACCCUCGUCCAGACUUUCUUCCCUUGGCCAUCCCUGAGGAUAUCUCUCAGAGGCUUUUAAGGCUACAUGGUCACCCGAUUGUUUGGUGGGUUGGACAGAUAAUGACAUACAUCCAGAGACCACAACCUGCCCUACAGGAGGAUAUUGACAAGAUGAAAGAAGCUCUUGGAUUUACUAAUCCAAUUGUCGGCUUACAUGUACGACGUACAGACAAAGUUGGGACCGAAGCGGCAUUUCAUGGAAUAGAGGAGUAUAUGUUUCAUGCGGAAGAAUAUUAUCAAAGACUUGAGAGGAAACAAGAAGUGCCUGUCAGAAAAAUUUACCUGGCGACAGACGAUGCUAGUCUACUCACAGAGGCACAGAGAAAAUACCCAAAUUAUGUCUUUGUUAGCGAUAAUGCAAUAUCUAAAUCCGCUGGCCUUUCUUCAAGAUACUCGGAGGAUUCCUUACGGGGUGUCAUUGUUGAUAUUUAUUUCUUGUCACGUUCUGAUUUUCUUGUCUGCACCUUUUCAUCACAGGUAUGUAGAGUUGCAUAUGAGAUGAUGCAGUACAUACAUGAGGAUGCUGCUGCCUACUUCCGUUCGCUUGAUGAUAUCUAUUACUAUGGUGGGCAGAAUGCCCAUUUGCAAUCUGUACUGUAUGAGCACAAGCCACGUAGUGGGACCGAUGAGAUAGAAAUGCUGCCCGGAGACACUAUAGGUGUGGCUGGCAACCAUUGGGAUGGCUAUUCAAAAGGUACAAACCACAGGUUAGCGGGCAGACGAGGCGGCCUGUAUCCGUCGUAUAAAGUUGAAGAUAAAACAGACAUUGCCAAGAUGCCUACCUACCCAGAGGCAGAGAACUUCCACUUAUAACCCAAAGUCACUUGUCUGUCUGUCAGCAAGUCUGUGUUUGUUUUUUAUUAAUGUAAUUCAGAUAUAAUGGAUUUUAUAUAGGCUGUAGUAACCAUUUGAUUCUCGUCUAAAAGGAAGCAAGGACUAUCUGAGUCAUACCAGUUUGACAUUGGAUUCUGAAUAGUUCUCCAUUUGUAGAUAUCACGACUCUUCACGAGUGAGGCAAUAGAAGUGUGGUGGUUUAUUCAACCCUUGUCUAAGGAAGGCUUAUGUAUACUUGCCAGAAAGCAUGUAGGGGACUGACAGCAAACUAAUCAUUUCUAUUUGGAACACAGUGAUGAAGAAUAAUACUAGACCACAAAGCAAUAGUGCUGCUCUAGCUUCAGAAUUUGAACUUUGUCCAAGGAAGACAACAGAACCUUCUUUGAUAGGAUAUUUUAAACCAAGUAGCUGUGGAAGAUCGAAACAUCAAGACUACUGAAUUGGAAUAAACACAGAAAAGUUUGAUGAUCAUGAAGAACAAUAAUAAUAAUAUGUCUCACAUGAAGUAAAUAAAAUGUGAUACUUGAUCAGGGGCAGAUCCAGCUUUCGCCAAUGGGGGGGAUAGAAAAAUAUUUUCAUCCACUUGUUCCCUGAUCAGCAUAUAAAGCCAUUUUUUGGGGGGGAGGUGUAGUCCUAACACUUAUAAGUACAUUUUAACUUUGUUUAUGUAAACAAGUUAUGUGUCAACUAACUAAAGCCUUAAUGAAUAAUGUGAGCACAAAAUGCGAGCUCAAAUUUUUGGAUAUUUCAUUUAUUUAAACCUGAAAGUGAGCAUUCUGACCAUUGUUUUGUUAAUUGUGAACAGAAUGCGUAUUUGAAUAAACAAUGUGAGGACAAAGCAUAAGCUGCAAAUUUUUUACUCUCAGACAUGAAAGUUUUACAUUCCAAUCACUUUUUGUAACCAUGAGCAAGAUGGGUAACUAAAUGAAAAAAUAGUGAUGUGAUCGAUGUGCUGAAAUUUGUUUAUUAUCCCACCUGACUGACCCCCCUGGAUCCAUCUAUGCUUGAUGAUUUAAUCUUAAAGUAAUAAAUAGUUCACAAUAUUUCAAGGGAUUAAGUCGAAGCCAGUUUAGAGGCCAAAUUUUUCUGGCCUUGUCCUAGGUAUAAAUCAUGUGUGCAAAGUUGAUUCGAGAAAGCUACGUAUCAUGUCACUUGCCAUUUUAACAACAAUUUUAGCUGCAUUUCUGAAUUCUCUAAUAUUGUUGGGAAAUUUAUGGAAUUAGAUGUUAUUUUUCUAACUACUAUUAUAAAAUGUGUUUCUUUUUAUGGGUAAGGUAGAGCAGAUUUAAUAUGUCCAACUCGAGUUGAAUAUUGUUACACUUAGUGGCCCUUUGGUUUGAUUAUGGAAAGCCAAAUGUGGCACAAAUAUUUUGCAGUUGAUCUUCAACAUUUCAAACAGCUGAAAUUUGCAAAUUGUAAUUACUUUAAUGUUCUUCUAUAAUGACACAUGGAAUAGGAAAAGAGAAAACAAAUUAAAUAUAAAGAGUAAAGAAAAGUUGUUUCAUAUUUGGCCUUCCAUAAUUCUAGCCAAGAUUAGCAGACCCUUGCUUGGCAAAACUUGAUUUCAGAAUGUGGGUCUCUGUGAGAGAAAAGAAAGUGCAGCUAUUAUAACCAUGCCAUAUAGUGUUAUUUCUAGUAAUUGUUCCCUGGUGAAUUGUUCCCUACAGCAAUCUUUGGAGUAUAAAGAUUGAGAUUUAUUGAGGUUGUAUAUUUGCAUUUUAAGUCAUAAACAUAAGAUUGCUCUGUCAUCGAUACAUUGUCGACUUGAUCUCAGAAUGUCAUUUUACUUUGAUUCACAUCUUGUUCAUACAAUUUGUCUAUUAAGAUGGAACGUCACUCAUUUCAAACUUAAAAUCAUCUCAUGAUAUCAUCUCGCUUGUAAAGGAAACCUCAUAUUCACAUUUUAUGAGAAAUGAAUAUCUCAGUGUAUAUCACAUUCACACAAUUUGUCUAUUAAGAUGGAAUGUCAUUUACUCAUUUCAAACUUAAAACAUCUCAGAAUGUCAUCUCGCUGUUGAAGGAAUACCUCGGAUUCACAUUUCACUGGGAAAUUAAUAUAUCAGUUUAUUUCUCAUUCACACACUUUCGGGAUUAUAUAUAUAUAUAUAUAUAAUAUAUAAUGUUAUUUACUCAUUUUAAACUCAAAACAUCUCAGAAUAUCAUCUCUCAUUUACAGGAACACCUCAGAUUCCCCUUUUUCUUAGAAAUGAAUAUCUCAGUGUGUAUCUUAUUCAUACAAUUUUUCCAAUUAAUAAUACUCAAUGUUGUUUACUCAAUAUAAACUUAAAACAUCUCAGAAUGACAUCUCACAUUGAAAGGAACACAUCAGAUUCUCAUCUCACUUUGAUUGAACAGAUUUAUAAUGACAUCUCAGCUUAAAAUGAAUGCAUCAUUUAUUCCUUGUAAUAAUUUUAUUCCAUGUUGUAAGGUAGUAGAUCUUCCACAACUUGGUUGAAUUAUGAUAAACAUAUAAUUUCAUCACUUUGAUGGAAUAUUAAGUGUCAUUACUUUGUCAGGUUUGUGGUUUUAGAAUGUAAAGUAUAUCAAUAUUGGGAAGAAAUUUUCAGUAUUAUUUAUGUUGGGAAUCAUGUGUAAAUGUAAGAGAUAGUGCCUAAUUUUCUAUUGAUUAUAACUGUAAAAUAAGUUUGUAAAUUAAAUUUCAUUUUGAAAAUGAUAUGUGAAUACUAAAUUUUGUACUACAUUAUCAAAGUUUAUUGCAGAAAGUCUUUAACAGAAUAUUAUAUAUAGGCGUUUUAUGUACUAUUUCAUGUGGUGGUCAUAAGUUUUGGGGUUGCAUCUUGUCAUGUACAUGUAUUUGAUUAAUUAUCUGUAUUGUAAAUAAUUUGGGAUUGCAAAGUGAAAUAUGCUUUUUUGUUUACUUGGAUG